AUGACGCGGAAAAUGCGACUCUUGAGCUCCGUAUCGCGCAUUUUUGGAGUUGUAAAUAGGAAGUCAUCUUCAACCACUAUAAAAACAGUUGCACUUAUACCUGGUGAUGGUAUAGGUCCAGAAAUAUCGGCAGCUGUUCAGGAAAUUUUCAAAUUUGCUGAUGUUCCUAUUAAAUGGGAUUCAGUGGAUGUAACACCUCGACCUACAGAAGACGGUCGCUUUCGUAUGCCACAGUCUUCACUAGAUAUUAUACGCAAGCAUGGAAUUGGGUUAAAAGGUCCAUUAGCUACUCCAAUUGGGAAGGGUCAUCAAUCUUUAAAUUUAGCAUUACGAAAAGAGUUCAAUCUUUAUGCCAAUGUUCGACCAUGUAAAUCUAUUGAAGGCUAUGAAACUCCUUAUAAAAAUGUUGAUUUGGUUACAGUUAGAGAGAAUACUGAAGGUGAAUAUUCUGGUAUAGAACAUGUGAUUGUGGAUGGUGUUGUACAAAGUAUUAAAUUGAUCACUGAAGAAGCAAGUCGACGUGUUGCUAGAUAUGCAUUUCAAUAUGCAAAAGAUAAUGGUCGACGUAGUGUAACAGCUGUGCAUAAAGCUAAUAUUAUGAGAAUGUCAGAUGGUCUAUUCCUUCGAGUAUGCCGUGAAGAAGCUGCAAACCAUAGGGAGAUUGAAUUUUGUGAUAUGUUUUUGGAUACUGUCUGCUUAAAUCUUGUUCAAGAUCCAACUCGUUUCGAUGUAUUAGUUAUGCCAAAUUUGUAUGGUGAUAUAUUAAGUGAUUUAGCCGCUGGUUUAAUUGGUGGUCUAGGUGUUACACCAAGCGGUAACAUUGGUGAAACUGGAGCUAUAUUUGAGUCAGUACAUGGUACCGCUCCUGAUAUUGCUGGUCAAGAUCGUGCCAAUCCAACUGCUCUACUAUUUUCAGCCAUUAUGAUGCUUCGUUAUAUGAAUUUAAAUAAGUACGCGGAUUUGAUUGAAUCUGCUGUAUUGGCUACAAUUCGUGAAGCGAAAUAUCUUACAGCGGAUCUUGGCGGUCGUUCAACUUGUUCUCAAUAUACUAAAGAAAUAUGUCGUAAAAUUGAAGAGAAAGCUUCAAAUCGAUAAGAAUAAUUCAGAAUAGAAGACUGAGUCGGUGAUUAUGUUUGGAAUGACAACAAAAACUUUACAAUAAAAAUCAUUCAGCUCAAAGAAUCUUUAACAGGGAUUUAUGAUUCUUAUCAUUUAGCUUACUUAUAUAAAUGAUGCAUUUGAUGAUGUUCAUAUACAAAUAAUGUUGCAGAGAAUAAUAAUGUAUUUUGAUUAAUACAAUUAACGAACCAACUUCAUAUGUAACUUUGAUGUAGUAUAUGGAAAUGAAAUGGCAAUGUACUAGGAAAAUAGUUUGUUAUAAAUAUCUUUGGUUACUUACUCCUGUUAACACUUGUGAAGGAGCAUAGGCUGCCAACCCCUAUUCGCCACCGAAUUCCGUCCUAGACGAUAUUUUCCAAUUUUUAUUCUUCCUAUUCAUGUCUGCUUCCAGUUCAUGAUUCAAUAUGUUUUAGUUUUCCUUUAAUCUUCAGCAAUCUAAGUUAGGAUCAGAUUCAUGAUACAGUUUGAUGAUUUUAUCAAUGUGUUUUCUAUGCAGUUCCAACAUCUUUUCCUAAUUUCCUCCUCAUUUGAAAGCUGGUUUGUUCUCUACAAUAUUAGACUGUUGUUGAUAGUAUCCGGUAAAAGGAGAUUGAGUACCAUGUGACUGCAUCUCCUGAC